GAGGCACCCAUUGCCGGUCCUCUUCGAGCGAAUUCGAGUGUGUGUCUGACUGCCCGCACCCUAGUCCGCCACCAUGGUGACCCCUCUCAUCAAGCGCGAUGUCGUCAAGAAGCGCGUCAAGAAAUUUAAGCGCAUGCAGUCUGACCGCAAGAUUUGCGUCAAGACAAACUGGAGGAGGCCAAAGGGUAUUGACUCUAGGGUUCGUCGUAAGUUCAAGGGAACUACUUUGAUGCCCAACAUUGGUUACGGGUCUAACAAGAAGACGAGACAUGUGCUGCCAAGUGGCUUCGUUAAGUUUUUGGUUCACAAUGUGAAAGACCUUGAGCUUCUGUUGAUGCACAACAGGAAAUACAGCGCUGAAAUUGCACACAACGUGUCCACUUUGAAGCGGAAGGCCAUUGUGGAGCGUGCUGCUCAGUUGAACGUUGCAUUGACCAACGGAAGUGCUCGUCUCCGCAGCCAGGAGGACGAAUAGAUGUGCUGUAGUGCACUUGUUUCCUGCAGAGUGGAUGUAUUUCACUUUUUCCAUAUCAAAGAGGAAGGCUUACUGCUGCAAAUCCUUUUGAAGGGAUAUAGUUUUUUCCUAUUUUAUCCGAUAUCCCAUUUCUUGUGUGA